UUUGCCCAUUUGCACUAUGGCAAUCUGCUCAGUGGUUCUUCACAUAGUUAUUCUGCUCAUCGCCUUGAAUGGCACUGAUGGGCGCAAGGUGCCGAAAGUGGGUAUUGUUGGUGGCAGAGAGGCUGCUCGCAACUCUCGUCCCUACAUGGCUUCCCUUCAGUCUCGUGGUCAACACAUCUGUGGAGGAGUUCUGGUCAGAGAGGAUUUUGUCCUCACCGCUGCACACUGUGACGGGCGAUACAAGGUGGUUCUUGGGGCUCAUGACUUGUCAGAGGAUGAAAAUUCACAACAAGUAUUGGAUGUGGUUCGAUCCAUUCCACAUCCGAGGUAUGGGGACAACCUGGAGAAUGACAUCAUGCUUCUCAAGUUGAGAGGGAGGGCCACCCUCAACACAGCAGUACAGUUGAUCCCUCUGAUGAAUGGCUCUAUGGCUGAGGGAAGCAUGUGCACCACGGCAGGCUGGGGGGAUAUAGGCGAUAAUGGCACCCUACCAGACAAGUUGCAGGAGGUCAACGCCACCAUCGUCCCUCCCAGAGAAUGUGCCCGCAGGUGGACAGCUGUCGAAAUCUCCAGCCGCAUGGUGUGCGCAACAGGCCCCAGAGCUUUCCAAGGCUUCUGCUCGGGUGAUUCAGGAGGUCCAUUGGUGUGUAACGGGAUGUCAGCGGGCAUUGUCUCUUUCUCAGGGCAGAGGUGUGCCAACCCCAGUACCCCUGAUGUGUACACACGAGUGGCUUCCUACCGCCGAUGGAUUCAGACAGUGUUAGCUAGAAACCCUUAAAGGGAACAUUGUUUUCAUUAGUCCACUGUUGAUACAGUCACAAAAUGUUUUAUCAAGCAAUCAAGUUUUCAAGAUAUUGGACUCGCAAGAAGCAAAGUGUCACCAGCCCCAAUAUUUGGUGUUUUAUCAGAAGUGAAGUUUUCAAGAUAUUGGACUCGCAAGAAGCAAAGUGUCACCAGCCCCAAUAUUUGGUGGAUUUUGCCUUUAAGGUUUUGGGCAUGUAAGCUGUCAGUGUGUGUUUACACAAUCUCACAAUAUAACUGAUCUCAUUUAGACCAGGUUUGCACAAGGUGUUUAAUGAUCAAUAGUUCCCUUGUUGCUGUUCUUAUUAAAAUUGGUUAACUCA